CCCUGCCCGGAGGCGGUCAACGUGGUGACACUCAGGGAGCCGCUGGGCCGCAUGGAGUCGGCGCUGCGCUUCAUCAUGGCCUUCGUGCGGGGCUGGUGGAAGCGACGUGACCCGCUGGUCGGCGGGAAGCAGUUCGAUGAGGUCUUUUGCAACACCAACAUCUCCUUUUGGGAGGCACUGACGCCGCCCAUUGUCGACAACUACAUCGUCAGGUCCUUCCUGGGUGAAGCUGGCUUCCACACCCCGCUGGGCUCCCUCACCCCCGCCCACCUGGCCUCCGCCCGCCGGCAGCUGCUGCAGUGGGACCUGGUGCUGGACCUCGGGGCGGGGGUGGCGGCCAGUGACGGCAUGGCGGCAACGGGGCUGGGCUGGCCGGCAGCUUGGUCGAGGGGAGAGGACCACCGGCUCAACAGCACCCGUAUCUCGGAGCACUUCAACUUCAAUUAUGAGGGCUGCCGCCUGUCGGAUGCGGACUGGCAGGAGCUGGCGCGGCGGCAGGGGCUGGAUGUGCAGCUGUACCGGUUCGGUCGGGUGCUCAACCGGCUUGACGCCUUGUGGCUGGACAUGGCUCGGGCCCUGGGGCUGCAGCCGCACCUGCCUCCGCCGCUGGCAGAUGGCGAGCAGCAGCAGCAGGGGCCGCUGCAGGGGCUGUUGCAAACAACAGCAGCGGCAGCAGUGGACGGAGGUGCAGCAGCCCAUGCAGCAGCCCAAGCAGCAGCGGCACCGCCUCCACCACGCCCCGCGAAUGCAACACGGUGCGGCAUGCUGUGGCGAGGUAGCAACGGCAGUGUGCUGGCGCGGGCGCUGGGGCUGACGUCAGCCGCCGCCGCGCCCUCCUUGGAGUCCUCCUCACCGUCUUAAACCUCUUGCCAACAACCUGAAAUCAGCAGAACACCACCCCCCACAACCAUCACAGGGUUGGUGAUGGUUAAUAACACUCAAGGCGGCGGCCAGGCCCGAGUAGCAGCAAGGGGCUGGAAAAGGGGCUGUGCAGGCAUUGACUGGUAAUACGCAAUGUGACAAAAGACUUCAUGGGAAUGUAGAUUUUCAUGGAUUGAGUGAUUUUGUGGCCGCAGCGGCCAUGGGCCGUUUACAGCUUAGGAAACCCCGGGGAUGUACAUACCGUAUGGUAUGUAGCCGGGAAUCACUGCGAUACAGCUCCUGACAACAUUAUAUGAAUUGUGGUGGCAGGAUGAUGUCAUUAGUCCAAUAACCGGGCCUACACCUUUUCCAACGUCCUCUAGAUGUGUAGUGUGCGUCCUGCAACGAUGCCGGUCGCGUCAUGCUAUCAGGUGAGCUACCUGGGCGUGUGCCAAGUACGUUAUAGUUGAGGCUAAGAAGGGAUUUAUUUAAAAAGAUUGACGAGCAAAACAAAGGGCUUCCAGGUAGGCAUGGAUUGGCGAAUGGCAGCACGGUGUUUCGUGCCCCCUGCAGUAGCGUAUGCUGUGUGCGGCAUGCGGGGGCCAUCGCAAAACCGUCGCUCUCGCUCGCUUU